CCAGGGGGGUAAAGAACUCACCGUAUCGCCACUAAGACCUGAGGACGCCUCGGAGGUCGAGCCCCAAUGUAUCUAUCAUAUGUAUCAUGCAAUGGGUCUGCAUUCUCCUGCAAAGGUAGACUUAAGUUCAUAGGUUCGACCAUAUCCGACCAUCAACCGUGUUGUUGAAUACUACUCACAAUAUGCCGUCUGUUUUGAAGCUCGACACUGCCGAUGACUUGGCAUUUCCGACAGCUCUGGCUGAUAAGCUGGGAGAUAUAGAACCCUCCUAUCUUGAAACUGCUUCGAGUAUCUUAAGUGUCAUCUCGCGAUAUAAGCUUGCAGAUGACGCAUUCUUAGCUAAGAGCCACGAUGGAGUCAACUUUCUGGCCCAAAUCUACUCUAAGGUCGCGGUCAGUCAGGCUAUCCACAUGUGCCUCCCUGCUUUCCCCUUCAAGUCGCCAAACAGAAGCACCAAGGUACUUGGACGUCUCCCUGACAAGGCGGAAGAGUUUGCGCUCGCACAUCUUAACGGCUUAUGCGCCGCCAUAGGUGAUAUCUACGCACCAGGCGCAAGGCUAAUGAUUGUUUCGGAUGGGCUUGUUUAUAACGACCUCCUAGGAGUGCCAGAUAAGGACGUCUGGGCAUAUGGUGAAGCUCUCCGAGCAUUAAGGGCGAAAAAGGGGUUCCGCCAUAUCGAGUUCUGCCGUCUUAAAGACAUUGUAAACGUAGACGUCCCUAACGAGUUGGAUGAAAUAAGAUAUGUCGCCAACGCUACCAACUUCCGUCACGCCCUACUACAGCAAUUCAGCAAGCCCGGGUAUAAUGUAUCUCUCAGAAUAUCAGAGGACGAGGACACUUGCUUAACAUAUAGGGGGUAUAUCAAAUUCCUAGAGACCGACCUUCAGAAUGUGUACCCGGUUGGCGAAGGGCGGAGUAAGUCGAAAUACAAAAGGGGUGUCGAGUAUAUUGCCAAGCAGAUGCUUACCCGAGGAGAUGCCUUUGCUCGAGCUGUGCGUGAAAGGUUCCCCGAUCGCCUAAGACUCUCGAUACAUGCCUCAACGGGGGAAAGCAAACUCUCUAUCAACCUAUUGCCGACAGAUACGGCUUUCACAACGCCUUGGCAUUGCAGCAUCGCAUUCAGACUUGACGGUACUACCAUUACUGGCCACAGGGCCGAAUUCGACGCCAACGAUUCUUUCGAGCUCGUCUACGAAGAUAACCAGCCUAGCUACUUUCGAGAAAAGAGUGACUUGCUGUCAUGGGCUACCGAUAAGGGCGGUAUUACCUGCGAGCCACUAUAUCCCGCCGGAGUCUUAAUCCGGCCUGCGGCAGGUCGAGGCGCCCUAUCCAUAAGGGAUGUAAACGGCCCUAAGGUACGCGCUCUAGCACAGCGCAACUCUCCUGUCAUAUUACGCGGCUUUUCACAUACCAGAAGCCGAGAUCUUUUCGUAGAUAAAUCAGGAGAGCUUGGUGAGCCGACAGGGUGGAAAUUUGGUCUCGUCCUUGAAGUCAAGGACCGCGGGGCGGAUACACGCGGCUUAAAUAAUGUUCUGUCGUCUGAAUGGAUGCCUUUCCAUUACGAUGGACUAUUCAAGACGGAGAAGAGAGUACGGGAUGAUGGGAGUGAGGUGUUGGUAUCUACGCCGCCUGGUUUCCAGUUCUUCACUGCCGUAACAGAGUCACCCAAGGACACAGGUUUCACGCUCUUCUCAUCGUCAACACUACUGUUCAAAUAUCUCCCCGCACACCUACCCCUAUCCUCGCUGCGCCCUCUGACAUGGACCGUGUCGACAUCCUCCUUCAACUCCACCGUCAUCAACGGCCUGCCUAUAGUAAUAGACCAUCCAGUCACAGGCCGUCCCUGCCUACGCUACCACGAACCGUGGCCCCAGUCCAAGACGCGAUUCGAAGCGACGAAUAUCACGAUUGAAAACGCGUCCGACCAUGGUCUAGAUGCCGCGGGCGUUAGCGAUGCGCUUGUUGGCUUGCUGCAUGAUCGCCGCGUCGCGUACUACCACUCGUGGGAUAAGGGCGACUUGCUCGUGAAUGAUAAUGUUCUCACGAUGCAUACGCGGAGCGACUUCACGGCAGGAUGUGAUCGCGAGCUAUGGAGGAUAAAUUUUGACUAGUUUAUUUAAGAUUUGAUCCCCUAGUCCCAGGUAUUCGUGCGGGGCACGUUCUUGGUUUGGUAGAGUAUUCUCGAGUGUGGAAAUAUCGGAAAAGAUGCUGUAUGUUGGUUAGCCCGCCUUAUGAUAGGCCCAGUCGAGUUUCUCGUCAUAUAAUAAUGCCCUUGCCCUUACCUAGCCUAUGUUAUAAUUGAUAGGGAUAUUUUUGUAUGACUAGCCCUUAAGUUGGACAUUGUGCUAGGAGUCAUUAUGCCGUAUUUCUAGGUAAUAUGGCGAGGUCUACACCUGCAACCUUAUGGUUGGCGC